CCCACCACGGCCCACUGAAAAACCCUAACCUCCAACUCAUAUACCUACUCCUCCACAUCGCAUCCAUCUCUUCUCCUUCGGCCUUCCUCCCUUCCGCCGCCGGCUCCUCCUCUUCUUCGUUGCUUCGCGUACCUCCCUCCGGCGCACCACCUCAGCCAUGGCCCCGAAGAAGGAGAAGGCCCCGCCGCCGUCUUCCAAGCCCGCCAAGUCCGGCGGUGGCAAGCAGAAGAAGAAGAAGUGGAGCAAGGGAAAGCAAAAGGAGAAGGUGAACAACGCGGUGCUGUUCGACCAGGCCACCUACGACAAGCUGCUCACUGAGGUCCCCAAGUACAAGCAGAUCACCCCGUCCGUCCUAUCCGAGCGCCUCAGGAUCAAUGGGUCUCUGGCUCGCAGGGCUAUCAAGGACCUGAUGGAGAGGGGACUCAUCAGGAUGGUAUCAAUCCAUUCCAGCCAGCAGAUCUUCACCAGGGCGACAAACACUUGAUCACUUAUGUGUCCAGUCGCUGUUUUCUAGUCUAGUAGACUAGGAUGUUGCUGUUAUAUUGAAGCUUAUUUAUCUUCAGCGAAGCACUUUGUCGGUGUUGUGUCAUGCACUCAUGCAAGUAAUGUUGAAUGCUUAGAUUUUGGUACAAUUUUAAGAUGAUGUUUUCAGUGCAGUCAAAUCUAUCAGAUUGUUUUGGAAUCC